CCGGAAGUGCGGAACCCAGGGGCGGUCCUGCAGCUGGGCAGGCCUGGGGCUUGGUUCUAUGUCCAUGCGGGUCGGUGCGCGGGCGAAGAGGAACCUGUGGGCCUCGGGGGAUCCCGGGGAGCCGGACCAGUGUUCCCCAGUUGUUGGAGCAGACGCGUGAGCGCAUCGCGGGCGGGCAGGGCCUGACGUGCAGCUAUGUUUCCAGUGUCCUCUGGGUGUUUCCAAGAGCUACAAGAAACAAAUAAAUCUCUGGGGUUGGUGUCCUUUGAAGAUGUGGCUGUGCACUUCACCUGGGAGGAGUGGCAGGACCUGGAUGAUGUUCAGAGGACCCUCUACAGGGACGUGAUGCUGGAGACCUACAGCAGCCUGGUAUCAUUGGGGCAUUGCAUUACCAAACCUGAGAUGAUCUUCAAGCUAGAGCAAGGAGCAGAGCCAUGGAUAGUAGAAGAAGCCCCAAACCUGAGACUUUCAGCUGUCCAGAUCCUUGAUGACCUUAUUGAAAGGAGCCAUGAAAGUCAUGAUAGAUUUUUCUGGCAAAUUGUAAUCAUCAACAGCAACACAUCAAUUCAGGAGAGAGUUGAAUUAGGAAAAACAUUUAAUUUGAACUCAAACCAUGUUUUAAAUCUGAUUAUAAAUAAUGGAAACAGUUCAGGAAUGAAGCCUGGGCAGUUUAAUGUUUGCCAGAACAUGAUUUUCCCUAUUAAGCCUGGUGAGACACAGUCUGGAGAGAAACCUCAUGUCCCUGAUAUAACUAGGAGAUCCCACAGACAUCAUGAACAUCUUACUCAGCAUCACAAGAUUCAAACUCUGCUGCAGCCUUUUCAAAGUAAUGAACAAGGGAAAACCUUCAACACGGAGGCAAUGUUCUUUAUACAUAAGUGGGUUCAUACAGGACAGACCUUUGAUAAAUAUAAUGAAUAUAAGAAAGCCUGUAAUAAUUCAGCUGUUAUCGUCCAAGGGAUAACUCAGGUAGGACAGCCAACUUGCUGUAGAAAGUCUGACAUCACUAAACAUCAGCGAACACACGCAGGAGAGAAACCCUAUGAAUGUGUUGAAUGUGAGAAACCCUCCAUUAGCAAAUCAGACCUUGUGAUACAGCACAAGAUGCCUACUGAGGAAAAACCUUAUGCCUGUAACUGGUGUGAAAAAUUGUUCAGCUAUAAGUCCAGCCUCACUAUCCAUCAGAGAAUUCACACAGGAGAAAAGCCCUAUGGAUGCAAUGAAUGUGGAAAAACCUUUUGCCGUAAAUCAUUCCUCACUUUACAUCAGAGAACUCACACAGGGGAUAAACCCUACAAAUGUAUUGAAUGUGGAAAAACUUUUCACCGUAAGUCACUUCUCACUUUACAUCACAGAACUCACUCAGGGGAAAAGCCCUAUCAGUGUAGUGAAUGUGGAAAAACCUUUAGCCAGAAGUCAUACCUCACAAUACAUCAUAGAACUCACACUGGGGAAAAGCCCUAUGCAUGUGAUCAUUGUGAAAAAGCAUUUAGCCAUAAGUCAAGGCUUACUGUCCAUCAGAGAACACACACAGGGGAAAAACCCUAUGAAUGUAAUGAGUGUGGAAAACCCUUUAUCAAUAAGUCGAACCUCAGGAUACAUCAGAGAACUCACACAGGGGAAAAACCCUAUGAAUGCAAUGAAUGUGGGAAAACCUUUCACCGUAAGUCAUUCCUCAUUGUCCAUCAAAGGACUCACACAGGGGAAAAACCCUAUGAAUGCAAUGAAUGUGGGAAAACGUUUCGCCGUAAGUCAUUCCUCACUGUCCAUCAGAGAACUCAUACUGGGGAAAAACCAUAUGCAUGUAACGAAUGUGGAAAAACAUAUAGCCACAAGUCAUAUCUUACAGUACAUCACAGAACUCACACAGGGGAAAAACCCUAUAAAUGUAAUGAAUGUGGAAAAUCCUUUUACUGUAAGUCAUUCCUAACUAUACAUCAGAGAACUCAUGCUGGCAAAAAACCCUAUGAAUGUAAUGAAUGUGAGAAAACCUUUAUCAAUAAGUUAAACCUUGGGAUACACAAGAGAACUCACACAGGGGAAAGACCCUAUGAAUGUAAUGAAUGUGGAAAAACCUUUCGUCAGAAGUCAAAUCUCAGCACCCAUCAGGGAACUCACACAGGGGAGAAACCUUACUUAUGUAAUGAAUGUGGAAAAACCUUUCAUCGCAAGUCAUUCCUCACCAUACACCAGAGAACUCAGGGGAAAAACCGUAUGGAUGUAAUGAAUGUGGAAAAACUUUCUGUCAGAAAUCAUACCUUAUUAUACAUCAGAGAACUCACACCGGGGAAAAGCCCUAUGAAUGUAAUGAAUGUGGAAAAUCCUUUCAUCAGAAGGCAAAUCUUCGGAAGCAUCAAGGUAUUCACAUGGGGGAGAAACCCUAUGAAUGUAGCGAAUGUGGAAAAACUUAGUCAGAAGUCAGUCCUCACUGUACAUCAUAGAACCCAUACUGGAGAAAAACCUUACGAAUGUAAUGAGUGUGGGAAAAUCUUUUGUCACAAGUCAAACCUCAAUACGCAUCAGGGAACUCACUCAGGAGAGAAACCCUAUGAAUGUGAUGAAUGUAGGAAAACUUUUUACGAUAAGACAGUUCUCACCAUACAUCAGAUAACUCACACAAGUGAGAAGCCAUUUGAGUGUAAAGAAUGUAGGAAAACCUUCUCCCAGAAGUCAGAACUCUUUGUACAUCACAGAACUCACACAGGGGAAAAACCCUUUAGAUGUAAUGAAUGUAGGAAAACUUUCUCCCAGAAGUCAGGCCUCAAUAUACAUCGGAGAACACACACAGGAGAAAAACCUUAUGAAUGUAAGGAAUGUGGGAAAACCUUUUGCCAGAAGUCACACCUCAGCAGGCAUCAACAAGCCCAUAUAGGAGAGAAAUCUGAUGUAGCUGAGGCAGGCUAUGUGUUCCCUCAAAAUCACUCUUUUUUCCCUUGAACACACAACCUACACCUCUCCGGCUACUAUUAUAGAUUUCUCCAUGCUCAGUCUAGGAGAAUAUGGACACAAAUGGUGACUAUUACUUCCUGACCUACCAACAAGAAGGUCUUAACCAUGCUGUAACAGAUGUGCUAUCAUGCAGGCUUUCUUGUUCCCAUUUUUACAGCACACUUCACACUUUAAUGUCACAGAUAUGGCUGUUUUCCUAGAAGCUCAUGUACCAACCUCUGCCAGCUUCAAACAUUUCUUCCGCAACUUCCCCACUUCUCUUCUCCUCCAUAGAAUUGAAGAGAGUUAGGGCCUUUCUCAGGAUUAGGCUUUGUCUCAAGGGAAUGUUGGGGCUGAUUUGAUCUUCUAUGCAGACCACUCAGACUUUCUGUGUAUCAGUAAAAAUCUGUUUUGUUUUUUAAAAUCAUUCAUGUGUUCACUGGAGUAGCACCUAUAACUUCCUUCAAGAACUUUUUCUUUGCAUUCACAACUUGGGUAGCUGAUGCAAGAAGCUUAGCUUUGGCCUGUCUUAGCUUCCAACAUGCCUUCUUCACUAAGCUUGAUGAUUUCUGCCUUCUGAUUUGAAGUGACAGACAUGCACACUUCUUUUCACUUGAACACAUGGUGGCCACUGCACAGUGAAGUGGCCUAAUUUCAUUGUUGUAUCUUGGGGAAUGGGGGGCUGGAAGAGAGAAAUAGAGACAGGGAAAUGACUAGUCAAUGAAGCAGUCGAACACAUUUUUCCAUCAUGUUUGUUGUCUUCCAUAGAGUUCCAGCACCCUGAGACAAUUCCAAUAAUAACAUCAGAAAUCACUGAUCACAGAUCAUCAAAACAGAUGUGAUAACUAAAAUCUUUGAAAGAUUGUGGGGAUUGCCAAAAGAUGUGACACAGAUGUGAAGUGAGCACACGGUGUUGGAAAAAUGGUGCUGGUCAGACUUGCUGAGCACUUCAUGGCCACAAAUCUUUAAUUUGUUAAAAAGGUGAUGUUGCCAAGCAAAAUAAAGUGAAGCUCGAUAAAGUGA